CGCAACAAGCAACCCCAACUAGUAGGCCUUUUGUUCCUGCAUUUUGGUUGUCGCAUACAUCUACUGGGCUCGUAAAGCGAUUCAGCAUGGUCGAAAUGUCCGAAGACAGCGAACUGCAAGCGAAGAUUGCUGCCCUAUCUGGCAGGAUCAACCUUCAUAAGCAAGGAGACAACAAUUCCGGAGACCAUUUCUAUUACGAACCCCAAGCGUAUCGUGGUCGUGGUCGUGGUCGUGGAAGUGCAAACUGGGCACCGUAUCGUGGUACCCCAUACGGUUCCCCUCGUGGCCGUGGAGGCAGAGUUCACCACCGUUCCCUCGUGCUCAACAACAGCAAGGCCAGCCCCGCGGGGUCCAACUCUGCUCAGGGAAGCACGAGUCCUACGGAAGGCAGCACUGUAGCAGCUGCUCAGGUAACCGACGGAUCAGGAUGGAUUGUCAAGCGUGACAGACAUAUGCAACUUAUCAACCCCGCUAUUUACGAUCAGGUGGCCUUGCAACGGACCAAGGCCAUGGAGCAGAGUGAAGAAGAACGUCGGCAACAGCGGGAUAUGAAGGAAAAGGCCAAGCUUACCAAGCACUUUCAAGGUGUGCAUACGCCGCCUGGUCCAGUUCCCGCCGGUGUUUCGAGCGUCCCCUCCAGCCAACAAGCCUACGAGAUGGAUAUAAAUGGCAUCCGCUUCCGCGUUGCCGACGGUGGCAGCAAACUCAUCAGAGUGUCCGACGACCCCAAAACCGCACGUGUAACUCCGAAACAGACGAAGGUUGGUGGUGUGGUGUUCUUGAGAAGCAAGAACGGCAACCUCUAUCGGUCUGGACUUGUCAAGACUAAACAGAAGAAAACUAUCAAGAUAAAUGAACCUUGCCCAAGGUUCUCCACCACCGGCACCUGUUCCAGAGGGCCCCAGUGUCGUUACGUCCAUGAUCCACACAAGGUCGCCAUCUGCAAGGAUUACUUGCUGAAGGGCAAAUGCCCUCUUGGUGCUGCGUGCGAUCUCUCUCACGAUUCCACUGCGAACCGGGUCCCCGCUUGUCUGCAUUUUCUUCGUGGCAAUUGCACCAACGACAACUGCCGCUAUGCUCACGUUCGAGUCAACCCUUCCGCCUCCGUGUGUCGCGCUUUUGCGGCUUAUGGGUAUUGCGAGAAGGGUGCUGAGUGUGCUGAGCGUCACGUCUUUGAGUGCCCUGAUUAUGCUAACCACGCAGUAUGCCGCAACAAGAGGUGCCGCCUCCCGCAUGUCGACCGGGCUGGACAGAUCCGUAAGGCAACGGCAGCCCAGGCUUCCACGGCCGAGGAAGAAGAUGGGUCUCCAGACCUGUCGAGCGAUGAGGAUUACGACGAGAUCGACAGCGACGAUGUGGAUUCCGACGGGCUCGGCGAGGAUGUUAUUAUGCAGGGCUCUGAUGAUCACGGCCAUGAGCUUUCUCAGCAGAAAGACUUUAUUGGAUUCGGGUAAGUCACAGCUACGACCGAGAGACGACGAUGCGAUUGAAGCCGCAUUCGGCAAGGUCGGGUGUGAUUUUUUUUCUUUUGGUUCACGCGGUGCACGAGCGCAAGGUUUCACGGCCUCCGAGUCUGAUACCCACCAACAAGGAAGGAGUUUGUAGAUUUUAUUGAGCGCAAGACAGCAUAGCAAUGAAAAAGGAGAGAGACU